AUGCAUUUUGAAUUUCCCGAUGAAGAUAUCAUGUUAAUCAGUGAUUGUAACAUCCCCGACCCUGAAGAAGGACCUGAACCUGGGUCCCACCGAACCUUGGUUUUUGAUGGAGCUUCUAACGCUCACUACAAUGGCAUUGGGGAAAUUAUCACCUCCCCAACUAGUUUUCACCUCCCCUUCACCGCAAGGUUGUGUUUUGAAUGUACGAACAAUAUGGAGGAGUACAAGGCUUGUAUCUUCGGUAUUGAAGCUUCUAUUGAACUCAGGAUCAAAAUCCUUGAAGUUUACGGAGAUUCAACUUUAGUAAUUAGCCAAGUUAAAGGAGAUUUGGAUACUAGAGAUCAUAAGCUCAUCCCUUACCAGGAGCAUGUUUCGAAACUAGUCCCUUACUUUGAUACCCCUCGAGAGGAAAAUCAGCUAGCUGACGCCUUGGAAACUUUGGCGUCCAUGUUUAAGGUCAAGUGGAAGAAUGAAGCGCCAUCCUUUCACCUCAUCUACUUGGACGAGCCUGGUCACUGUUUGGCAGCUGAAGACGAAGCCGACAGUUAUCCUUGGUUCUAUGACAUCUUGAUAUUUCUAGAAUGCUAA